CUUUUCCUCCUCUCCGUCUUCCAGCAGCAGCUGUCAGAUCAGCUCAGGUGAUAAUCAGCUGUGCUUUUGUCCUGCAGGACCUGAAGGCCAACGAGUCCCGCCUGAGGGACAUCAACAAGGUGGCAUCUGAACUGGAGUCAGAAGGUCUGAUGGCUGAGGAGGCUCCUAUGGUUCAGGCUCAGCAACAAGAACAUCUGGGUUCUGCUCCUGGAAAGACCGUACGGUUGGGCGUUCAGACGACGGCUAACUUUAAUUCCAUCAAGGAGCUGAACAACCGCUGGCGCUCGCUGCAACAGCUGGCUGAAGACCGGAGCAACAUGCUGGGCAGCGCCCAUGAGGUGCAGCGCUUCCACAGAGACGCUGAUGAGACCAAAGAGUGGAUCGAGGAGAAGAACCAGGCCCUGAACACAGACAACUACGGCCACGACCUGGCCAGCGUUCAGGCUCUGCAGCGUGAACAUGAAGGCUUUGAGCAUGACCUGGCAGCUCUGGGUGAUAAGGUCCGCUUCCUGAUCGGUACCAGGACCCGGGUUGUCUCUGGAGACACGUUCUUCAUGGUUCUGGUGACUCCACCCCAGCCGUUCCUGAUCAGCAAUCAGCGGGGUGCUUUCCUAUUUAAGGUGGAUGGAGGACACAAGUUGACGCCAGAAGAUUGCCUCAGUUUUGGAUUCCUGUCGACCUCAUUGGAUACUGACCUCUACUCCAGGAUUUGGAUAUUCAACACACGGACCUUAUCACCAGCCUCCAUAACCCACCUCUCAUCUCACCCAGUGCCCCAUCCACCAGGACGCCCCGCUUCUCUCCACCUCUGCUCCCUCUCCUGCGCUUCCUCUCUACCUCUCUCUCCUCCAGCCAACACAUACACCCACCACAACGCUGAGCUGUUGUUGCAGUUCCAACCACAGACUUAUCUGUGCACCUUAAGUUCCUCCUUAUAAAUCAUGUUUUCCAUCAGUUUUUGGUCAGUGUUGUAUUCUGCAUGUCUUGGGUUAAGUACCUUCCUCCAAAC